AUGGAUUCCGCCAGUGGAGUUGGAGUAUCUUCGUCGAUAUAUCUAUCUGAGUAUGGCGAACUGGUUUCUCAGCUGAAUGCAAAAGAGCUUAUUUUCCAUCUCAAUCCGACUUCGUCUGGGUUCAAAGAUGUACAAAUCGUCAAGAUCAAAGAAAAUCCGUCCAAAUUCUUGAAAUUCUCACGGGCGUACCACGACCCAUCUACGGAUGCGCAUAUUCAUGAAAGCCAAGACCUUUCAAGGCGGCGUGUGCUAUAUGCUAGCGAUACACGUAUCCUUGUUUGGCAACUAGAUCCAAUGCAGUUACAUGCGGAGAUCGACAGCAUUGAAGCAGGAGCUACAAAUAUCGACUUCGGCGGUGAUGAAAAUGAGGUCAUAGUCUUUCAUGCUUGGAAUACGAAAGUUUCUGUACAUGGCCUGGAUACGGGCCGCAGCCAGGUUAUCAAGUCCCCUAAAUUCUCACAUUACAAUGGCUUCGGAUACCGUCCGAAGACAAGGCAAUUUGCGAUAUUAUUGAAACCAGAUGCAACUGACUUAUUAACAAUCCAUGAUUUCCGUUCCUACGAGCUGAUAGGCCGAGCAAGUUUGCCAACAGUAGACGCUCAAGGAGGUGAUAGUUCUUUCGACCUUGGUGUGAAAAGUAUAGAAUGGAGCCCUGUUGCUAAUCGCAGCGGGGCGUCGGAAUUUCUGGCCAUCGGCAAGGUUGAUGGGACUGUCGAUCUUCUUACAAGCAAAACAUUUUCAUGCUCGACCACAUUAUCACAUAUCUUCCAACCUGGUAAUCAUUCACCCAGUAUUUGGCGUGAGCGCUAUGCAACUGCAGAUGGUACCCUUGAGUACGGCGAAUCAUCGGGCUCUUCUGCAUUCAGUGUGUUAGCUGAAACAUCUGGCCCCCCUCGGGGGGUAUCUAUCUUGACAUAUAGUUCUGCAGGGGAUCUCCUGUGUACUGUAGACCAAACGCGGCCCAAUAUUCUUUGGAUAUGGGCCCUGGAAUCUUCUACGGUCCUUGUAUCAGCACUUGUUCAUGAGCAUGCAGUGAGACAGGCAGUAUGGCAUCCCUCAAAACCAGAAUUGCUCAUCACCACCACGAACAGUGCGACUGCUUCUGUUAGACAUUGGUCACUGGACAGACAACCAUCGAUAAUUCGUAUUCCGGCCUCGCGGAGCGAUGCUGGGCGGUAUGACGUGAGAUGGUUGUCCUCAAGCCAGAAGGGCGUAUCGAUAUUCUGGUUCGGGUCAGCAGAUGACUACAUGCUUGGCUAUAUAGAAGAGGAGAAUGGUAUUUCGCAGUUCAAGGUUCUUAACACUGUUAGCAGCAACUUGAAGGGACAUUCUGGGAGCUAUGGAGCAGUCACGAGCUGA